CUUCUCUCUUCACUUUCUCUUGCCUUUGCUUCACCCAUGUCUCUGUCAUUCCACAUCAAAUCAGCUAGUAUUCUUGUCUCGAUGUUCCGUGGAGAGAUGAGCUCGAUAAGCCGGAGGUCAGGUCUUGAUAUAAUUACACAUUACUACAGAUCGCGACCAAUGCGCCGCGUCCCAUGUGUCGGCAGCACCGCUCCUUCGGCUUUAUCGCUACGCAUUGGGUAUAAUACAGCAAUGAUAGGCAAAGCCAAGGACCCCGUCGGAUACCCGGACAGACAUUGAUAAUGGAAUAAAUAUAAAUAACGAGCAUAAGUCCAAUAAUCCCAGAAUUUCCAUUCCAAUCUGAUUUCCAUCCUCCGUUAACUUCCUAGUGCCUUAAAGCAAUGACUACCAAAAGCGUUGAGAGAAUACCAGAAAGCCCACCUGCACCAUCGUGGCAAGCAAUAGCCGAAAAGAAACGAAAAGAACGAGGAUCCAAAAUCCCCAAGGAAUGGAUCCUCCAGCAGAUCCCAGACUCAGGCACGCCCAUAUCCAUUCUCAGAUCGUGUGGCGUACUCAAUGAAGACGAACUCGGGAUAACAGACCCAUCUGAGCACGAUGCGACCGCCCUUCUCCAGAAAAUCGCUGCAAGGGAAAUGUCGAGCACCCAGCUUGUCCGGACAUUCUGCAAGCGUGCCGCUGUUGCGCACCAGCUGACCAACUGCCUCACUGAGAUACUUUUCGACCAAGCCAUCGCUCGUGCGGAAUGGCUGGACAGGCAGUACCAGAUGACUGGAAAGGUAGUGGGGCCUCUACACGGCCUUCCCAUCACAGUGAAGGAUUGCUUCCAUGUUAAGGGUUAUGAUACGUCUAUCGGGAUUUCAUCACUGUGCUACAAACCGGCAGAAAGAGAUAGCCUGCUGGUGGAGAUUCUCUCGUGUUACGGUGCUGUGAUUAUCGCAAAGACUACUGUUCCACAGACCAUGCUUAAUGCUGAUACCGACUCGAUCGUCUUUGGACGCACACUGAACCCGUACAAUAGGUCAUUCGCCGUGGCCGGCUCCAGUGGGGGAGAGGGAGCGCUUCUCGCGAUGGGUGGCACAUCCUUUGGUCUUGGUACCGACGGCGCAGGCUCUGUAAGGAUGCCAGCCGCAGUUAACGGGGUGAUAGGAUACAAGCCCAGUGGGUACAGAAUGCCUCUGGAUGGAAUAGCUGUGAUGGGGCCCGGCGUGGUUGGUACGACAUCUAUGGGGCCUGUGACCGUCGCCGGUGUGCUGGCUCGGUCAGCCCGUGAUGUAAAGCUUGUAGCCCAACUGGUGGCUGAAGCAAAGCCAUGGACAAUGAACCCAUUCCUCUAUCCGCACCCAUGGCAAGGAUCGAAAAACCCAACACCAAAAGAUCUACGAAUUGGGGUGUGGUCAUCUAACGGAUAUGUUCACCUGCAUGCGCCUGUGGAAAGGGGCUUUCAAACAGCCCAGCGGCGGCUUCGAGAAGCAGCGGUUGAACUUGUGGACUUCAAAGGCCCGGAUAUCAGUGACGUGUGGAACUUGCAAAAGGCAUGGGCCGAUGUCCAGGGCCUAUCUUUCCUCCGUGAAUGCCUGUCAAAGGAGCCACAUACAGAAAUUGUCAAAGCCACUGGGAUCAUUGACCCGAAAGACAAAAGGCCGGAACUCAACAUGGAAUACCUACACUCACUGAAUGUCCGAAUAAGCACACUGGUACGCCAGAUGCACGCCGCAUGGAGUCCCGAUGGAAAACCCAUAGAUGCUCUGCUCUGGGUUACUGCUCCGCAUACGGCUGUGCCAUUUGAUAAGUACACCUAUCUUGGACUGACGGCGAUAUUCAAUAUUAUUGAUUGGCCAGCAAUGGCGCUUCCACUCAACAUGUUUGUCGACGCCGGGAUUGAUAAAGCAGCCAAUGUAAAACCAUUCAAUUCCCUCGAUGAGGAGAUCCAGGCACUGUAUGAUCCUGCGGCCUUCCACGGCCUUCCAUUGAGCGUUCAGCUCGUUGGUCGAAGGUUUGAAGAUGAGAAGCUUUUGGCGAUCACACAGGUUGUUCAUGACAUUAUCAAGGCUUGUUAGCUAUUUCCACUUGAAUUAUAUAAGGAUAGAAUUAGACCAUUUAUCCGUUAGAGUUUCGAGAAUGUUGAAUCAUGACGAGACUAUUCUUACUGCCCUUGUAUAUACUUAUGCUCGGCCGAGCUGAUAACGAGGCACCGAUAAGCGCCCAGAAACCAAUGAAGAAUCGAUGAAGAGGCUUCGGCCGUUGCAUAUUACUAUCAAAAUCCACACCAGCGCAGAACUCCUCCAGAAUUCGAGCAGACGGUCGACGGAUUGAAACAUCCGAUGCAGCAGUCAACGGUGUCAUGAUAUUACCACUGGUGGAUCUGUUAUUAAUAGUUCACCUCAGUUGCCGGCAUGCAUAGACCCAUCCAGCGAAAACGACUGGCCUGUGCCGAAUGUACGCGACGCAAGAUCAGAUGUGACAAGGUCCUGCCGUGUAGAAACUGUGUUAGAAGGCAAGUCAGUACCUUCAGAGAUUUGGUUGUUCCGCUGGGAAUGGCUGGAAUGACUGCAAUGACGGAUGCUGACUAGAUGUCCAGGGGCAGCGUCUGUUCCCGUAACGUUGAGCAUCGUCCGCAGAAACUACACUCGCUCACACCUUCGACAAUUGCCAGCGCCGAUGAUGGCUCCAGUCGGAACUCAAGCGCGCCAGAGUUGGUAGAACGUCUCACCGCACGCGUCAAGGAGUUGGAAGCCACUCUGCGGGAAUUUCAGUCGAUGCGACAAGCAGCCUCGUUGAGUCCGGUGGAGAGGAGCCAGGACGGCGAUGCGGCGGCAGCGAGGAUUUCUCCCGUUCAAAGUGCAGAAUUAUCGCCACCAUCUUCUGAACAAAGUGAUCCCGUGACAAUCACUGAAGCCUCCCCGUCGAGAACGUUGGUGAAUUCGGAGAUCGAAAAUGCGGCUACGAUUCUUGAAUUUCUGGCAUGGGGUCGCAGGAAAGACCCAGACUACAAUGAAGUCGUUAACAAGGAGGACAAUAGCGUUGGCCUGAACCAGUCUCCAGGUGAUGUUGGGCCCGGUACCGCAUGGGAAGAGUGGUCGUCAGAGGAGAACAGCUUUCUGUCAGGAUCCAAGACCUCGUCCCUACGGUUCCUUCAGUUUUUGCUUCCCAGUCGGCGCCAGUUGACUCAGAUCAUUAACUACCACAGAGAGUGUCUCUUGUGGUAUCACGGCGUGUUCCACUCUCUA